UUUUUAAAUAUAAACCAGAAUAUAUUAUAUUUAGAAAAAUGACGAAUUUAAUAAUCAAAAUCAAGAAAAUAAAGAAAAACGACCAUUUCUACGUAAACGUCAAGGCCUUGCACAUUAUCAGGCACCUCCAAAACGUCGUCAACCACGUGCAAAAACAAAUGAUAGCAGUAAUAAUAAUAAUAGCACAAAAAAUGAGAAUGUGAAACGACCAACAAGUGCAAAUAGCACAAAUAAUAACCCUCGUUCAACAAUAAAUAAUAAUUCAAAUCAACGUUCACGUUCUCAAUCAUCAACAGCAUCUGCACCAUCAGGUCGGCAAACUCCAACAACUACUCGUCCAUCAUUAAAAACAAAACCAACUAAACAAAUUAAUAGUUCAUCAAAUACUGCAAAACCAUCUGUUCCUAUUUCAACUCAAAGUAAUUUAUUAGGUAAAGUUGAUUUAGAUGAUGAAGAUGAUUUAUUAACAAAAUAUCAAACAAAAAAACUUCCAAAUGAAUUCAAUGAAACUAAUCAUGAUGAUAAAUUUAUUACAAAUCUUCAAACAAUGAUUGACACAAAAUGGAAUACAUAUAAAACAUCAUUUCAUCAUAGUGAUGAUGAACAAGAUAUUAUUAAUCAUGAUGAUGACGAUGAUGAAGAUUUAUAUACAAAUACUCGUCACCGAACAUCAAGUCGUAGUAGUGGAAUUCAAUCGAAAAUCUCUAUUAUACAUCCAAAAAAGGAUUUGGAUGAUUUUGAAAAACUUGAACAGUAUGCUGAAGAACAUCCAUCAAUGAUUAGCACAGCAUCGUAUGUUGAAAAAGUAGUUUUUAAAGAUCAUAAUCAAACUAAAACAGCUGAUAUAUUUGUUAAUCGUUUAACUCGUUAUCAUGAGCAAGAUGAAGAUGAAGAAGCAGAAGUAAAUGAUUCAAAACAUGAAGAAGUAUCUGAUCUAUCGAUCAAUCCAAAUCGUAUUCGACAACGAAAAGUUAUUCCAUUUAAAAAUAAAGUCAAUGCUCGUAUUGAACAAUUAGUAGCAACAGCUGCUAUUGCAAGUGAUAAUGAUGAUGAUGAUGACGAAGAAGAUGAUGAAGCUCAUAAAUGGGAUGAUAUUGGUGUAGCUAAAAUUAUUCCUGUUAUUGCUGAUGAAUAUAAUAGUGAUAGCGGUAUCAGUUCAUUUAAAACUGAUUUUCCUAAAUUACAACAUCAACAACAAAAAAAAGAUUCAGCUCGUUCAUCUGAUUUUGGUGAUGAUCAUUCAUGGGCUGAUCGUGUUAAUGCUCCACAACUUAAUUCAUUAAUGCUUAAUACAUUUCCAGGUCUUCGACAUACAGUACCAACAUCAGCACCUCUUCCGCCGCCACCUCCACCACCACAAACACAACCUAUGAUUGAACCAAAUCAAGAUUAUAGUCGUUUAGUACGUGAAAAAGCUAAAGAGCUUGAAAAACAAAUUGAACUUUUCGAAAAAGAAAAUGGUAAAUUACAAUCACUUUGUAAUGAACGAAAUUCAGCUAUAAAAAAACUCAAACAAGAUCGUGAUGAUUUUGAAAAAAUGAAACAAAAAGAAACAGAAGAAUUUAAUCAAAUGAAAGAUGAAGAAAUGAAAAAAUUGAAACAUGAAAAACGUUUAUUUGAGCAACAUCGACAACAAUUACGUGAUCAUCCUGAUAAACGUGAACGAGAAGAAAUUGAAACAUUAAAAAAACAAGUAUUAACUUUACAAGAAGAUCUAAAACAACGUGAAACACGUUGGUCCACAACAAUAAAUCGUUUAAAAGAACGAAUUGAAACAUUAGAAUAUGAAAAUGCUGAAUUAAAACAAGAAAAAGAUAUUAUUGAACGAAAACGACUUGAUCUAAUGCAUCAAUUACAAACAAUAUCAAAAAAUCCAUUACAAGAUGAUACAUCAUCAUCAUUAUCAACAGCAAGAAAAUCAAUUAUUGAACUUUCACAACCAAAACAACGACCAAAGUCAACUGUACCAACAACAUCAAAAACUCAAUCAUUACCAAAAACAAUGGUUAUUAGAAAUUCUGAACCAUCAUCAAUUAAACCAAAAAUAAAUACAAGUGGACGACGAACACCUACAACAACAACAAGUGUUGGUGUUAAUGGAAUUAAAAAUAAUAUUGAUACCUCAAGAAAAUUAUCAUCAUUACCAGCAACAAAACGUCCAACAUCUACAAAUGAAUUAAGUGGAACAAUUGAAUCAAUACCAAUACCAACAUUAAUUGAACAACCACUUGUUAUAUCAGAAAGAGCUGACUCAGGAAAUGGAGAAAGUGAUGAAGAUUUUAGUCGAUUUGAUCGAAGAAAUGAUGAUCGAAUAUCACCAUCACUCUCAUCUCUUAUCAAUUCUGAAUAUCCGAAAACUUUCAUUACUGAUGAUGAUGUUGAAUCUAAUCAACCGGCUACUCUUGAUUAUAAAUCAUUAUUAAACAUGGCUACACGCACAUCAUCAUCAGCUACAACACUUCUGAAACGACAUCAAGAAACUUUAUCACUUCUUGAUCAACCAACAAUAAAACGACAACCAUUAACAAUAAAUAAUAAUGAUUCAACGAAUCCAACACCUCGUCUUAAUCUUCCAUUAACAACAACAACAACAACAAAAGCAAUUACAUUCAAAGAAAAUCUUCCUACAUCAUCCAAUGAUGGUAUUAUUGAAGAAAUCCGUCAUAAUGAUGGACGUAUUGAACGUAUUAAGCCAGAUCAAUCAAAACAGAUCAUAUUUCCAAAUGGUUCAAAACAAGAUAUUAGUGCUGAUGGUAGACAAAUACGUGUUCAAUUUUAUAAUGGAGAUUAUAAAGAAAAAUUAUCCGAUGGUCGUUGUGUAUAUAGAUAUGCAAGUACAAAUACAACUGAAACAGAAUAUCCCGAUGGUACACGUGUAUGUGAAUUUCCAAAUGGACAAAUUGAAAAACAUUUGCCUGAUGGAAGACAAGAACAUAUAUUACCAGAUAAAACGAAAAAUAUUUAUUUAAUUGAUGGAACAAUUAUAUCAAUAAAAACAAAUGGAGAAAAACUUAUUCAACAUCCAGAUCAAACAAAAGAAGUUCAUACUGAUACUUAUAAAAGAAAAUUAUUUCCAAAUGGUUCAAUAUUAACAGUAUUUAAUACAGGUGAACAGGAAAUUCGUUAUGCAAAUGGAAAAAUAAAAAUAAAAGAUGCUCAUGGCAAUAUUAUUAUGGAGAAAAAAGCUGCAAAAUAA